AUGGAAGCUAAUACGGACGCCUUACGAGGUCGCGGACCCCACUACCGCCUCAACCUCCGACAGGCGUCAGCACACGAACCCAUUGCGGCGCUCCGAAACCCAGUUUUUACAAAUUGCACGUUACCAGUGAUCAUCGUGGCGGAUUUUCUGUACAACAUGGGCGAGUUCUUUGCCAAGGUGUUGACCGCCGUUGACCUUCUGUCAACGAUGUCCCUCGAUGACAAGGUGACGCUGGUGCUGCAGACACCCAUGGGUCUUCACAUGGCGGCGUUCCAUUCCUUAUUCCUCAUGCCGUACAGCCGGUACCCGGCGAUUACUGCUUCGGAGCUGGGUGGCAAGGGCUGUAGCGACCCGCGGGACGGAGGCACCAGCUCCUCUCGGGAUGGCUGCGAGCCGGCAGGGGAUGAAGAUCCCGUCAAUCGGGACAGUACGACAGGCUGCCGUACACACAGGGCAGUGCCAUGGUCUAUUGAGCCACAGCAGCCACACUGUUUCGAAAGGACCGCCUGUCCUCUUAGGCAGUUACCUAACUGCCUCUCUUUCCUCACCUUCCUCCGUCUGACAUCUCAAAAGGUCGUCAUACUCAUUUCGCAACCACAACGCCAUUACUUCAUUUUCCAUCCCUUUUUCAUCCAAUUAAAUAAUAUUAAAUAA